AUGAGACGGAGAACUGCCGGUUAUCGGACCGCUUCGUUGAUCGUUGCGCACCUGUUCCUCCGCAUCUCCCUGCCCAACGAGGCAUCGCCUCCAAAUCGUGCUGUAGCGAUUAGCAGGUUUCUGUGCAGGAACAGGCCCAUUUCCACCGGCCGAGGGAUUUCUAGGGUUUUGUUGGACUUUCUCCCCAUCCUUUCGUCGCCUGGUUCCGUUGUCUCGUUGCUUUUUGCCGAAGGGCGUCGCCUUGCUUUGAUCCCCCUUCGUUCUCGUUCUUUGUUCUUCGAUUGCGUCACGUAAAAAUCGAAUUUUGCACGUGUGUUCGCCCGCGAGAUCCGGCUGUUAUGUGUAUUUCCCUUGGAGUUGCAGCUCUAGCUGGAAAUUUUAUUGGUCCGGAGUCUGGAAUUUAGCAUUGCAUUUUGUGUGAGUACGUCCUGGCGUUUCUCGAGAAAAUGCCGAAGAGGAGUCGCUGGGAAUUUUGAUUGCUGAAUCGGAUGGGGAAUACAUGUGUUGGGCCGAGCCUCUCGAAGAAUGGGUUCUUCCAAUCAGUGUCCGCUACCAUUUGGCGUAACCGAUCGAACAAGGAUGAUCUUCCGACCUCCAAUGGCAAGGCCACCGGCGAGGGAACCGAAGCGACGCCACCUAAACCAGAUACUGACGCGCCCCAACCGGUUAAGAUUCAAGAUGACGAGGCGAAGCCAGCCAAAGUCCCCGAAGCAGAGUCUAAGCCGGCACCUGAAAGGCCUCCAACAGACCAACCCACGAAACCCAACCAUGUCAAGAGAGCCUCAAGCGUUGCAGGACUUCAGGUUGAAUUUGUAUUGAAGAGCAAAACCGAGAAUUUGAAGGACGUUUACAGCUUAGGUCGCAAGCUGGGGCAGGGACAGUUUGGGACGACGUAUCUCUGCAUUGAGAAGGCAACCGGCAAGGAAUAUGCUUGCAAAUCCAUUCUGAAGAGGAAGUUGACAACUGAGGAGGAUGUGGACGAUGUUAGGAGAGAGAUCCAGAUAAUGCAUCAUUUGUCUGGUAACCCAAACGUAAUAUCCAUCAAGGAGGCCUACGAAGAUGCUGUUGCUGUUCAUGUGGUCAUGGAGUUGUGUGCUGGUGGUGAGUUAUUUGAUAGGAUCAUUCAGAAGGGGCAUUACACUGAAAGAAAGGCAGCAGAGCUUGCAAAGGUGAUCGUGGGUGUCGUGGAAGCCUGUCAUUCAAUGGGAGUCAUGCAUCGUGACCUCAAGCCUGAGAAUUUUCUUUUUGUUAACCAAAUGGAGGAUGCACGUCUUAAGACUAUCGAUUUUGGAUUGUCAAUUUUCUUCCAACCAGGAGAAAUAUUCACUGAUGUGGUUGGUAGCCCUUAUUACGUUGCACCAGAAGUUCUGAAAAAACGGUAUGGUCCAGAGGCAGAUGUCUGGAGUGCAGGGGUAAUCAUUUAUAUUCUUCUGAGUGGUGUCCCUCCAUUUUGGGCUGAAACCGAGCAAGGCAUAUUUGAGGAGGUUUUACAUGGCACACUUGACUUUCAGUCAGAUCCAUGGCCUAGCAUAUCCGAAAGUGCCAAAGAUCUUGUAAGAAGAAUGCUUGUUAGGGACCCCAGGAGGCGGAUGACUGCCCAUGAAGUUCUAUGUCAUCCUUGGGUUCAGAUUGAUGGAGUGGCUCCUGAUAAGCCUCUGGAUUCUGCUGUUCUCUCUCGAUUGAAACAAUUUUCUGCAAUGAACAAACUCAAAAAGAUGGCUAUCAGAGUUAUUGCUGAACAUCUUUCUGAAGAUGAAAUUGCUGGCCUUAAGGAGAUGUUUAAGAUGAUAGAUACAGACAACAGUGGACAGAUAACCUAUGAAGAAUUGAAGGCUGGAUUGGAAAAGUUUGGUGCUAAUCUCAAGGAGUCAGAAAUUUAUGCUCUUAUGCAGGCGGCAGAUGUUGAUAACAGCGGAACCAUUGAUUAUGGCGAGUUUAUUGCUGCCACUUUGCAUCUAAACAAGAUAGAGAGAGAGGAUCAUCUAUUUGCGGCUUUCUCAUACUUCGACAAAGAUGGGAGUGGUUACAUAACUCAAGACGAACUGCAGCAGGCUUGUCAGGAGUUUGGCAUAGAAGAUGUGCGCCUGGAGGAUAUGAUCAGAGACGUGGAUCAAGAUAAUGACGGACGCAUAGAUUACAAUGAAUUUGUAGCUAUGAUGCAAAAAGGGAACACUGGUUUUGGCAAGAAAGGAGUGCAUGCAAGUUUCGGUAUUGGUUUUAGGGAGGCUUUGAAGAUUGGAUAAUGAGGUAGUCGGUGAGGUUCAUAUUCUUUUUUUUGUAACUAUCAUUCAUACAGUUAUUGUAAUAGUUUUGAAUUCCAUACCGAUUUUUUGAGAGCAUUGGUGCCCCAAGAAUUGCAAUGUAUGAUCAAAUUCAAACGACAUAUUUGAAUAUAUCCAAUUUGUUGGAGAUUUCCAAUUGUAAGAACUCU